GUCGGCGGAGAGUGACAGCUGCUGGCGACCAGAUCUGGAGCGAGGUCGGAGACAAUGAAUCGCCAGAAAUCAAGUGGACCUCCAUAGCCAUUAGACUCGGAGAUCGGAAUCAAAGAUGCUAGUCACCGGUGGACGAUUUGAAGCAUCGGAAGCCGAGUACUGAAAUGCCACCGGAGCUCAAUUCUAGUUGAAUCGGAGAUUGAAGUGAUAAUGGCCAAGAUUUUAAGUGAAUCGGAGGAGGUGGAGAUGGAUUCCAAGUGGUUACCACGGUGCAUUCAAACCGUGAGAUGGGAAGAAUCAAGCAUGAUAGAAGCAGAUAGGUUGUUGCUUGCAGGUGCUCUAGAAGACCCGGUGAAUCAAAGAUUUUUCCUGCUUUUUGACAGUUGUCUUCCCCUUUACAGUUUUAGCUAUAUAUACAAGUAUCUGAUGGCUUCUCCACGGAGUUACGUGGACAGAUACAGCUUAAAGAUGUUACUUACCAUCCCGAAAGACAAGUGGCGAAAAGAAUCUCAGAGCAAGGGGCUCAUUGACAGCAAGUCAUUGCUGCAAUUUCUAGCUUUGACAGCAAGUUUUUGCUGCACAGCAUAUUUAAACAGGGGAGCAAACACAACCCUCAAACCCACAGAUCAGGAUUCACCCUACUAUCUCCAUCCAAGUGAUGAUCCAGGGAGGAUUCUUGUAACAACUUUGCUGAAUGGGGACAACUAUCAUACUUGGAGGAGAGCAAUGCAAAAUGCUCUUUACGCCAAGAAUAAGAUUGGAUUUGUAGAUGGAACUCUUGAGAAGCCGGAGACAACCUCACCUCAAUACCAAGCAUGGAUGAAGUGCAAUUCUAUGGUGCUCUCUUGGAUCCUUAACACAGUCACUAAAGAGCUACAAGACAGUGUGGCUUAUGCAGAGACAGCAAAAGAAAUUUGGAAUGAACUGCUGGAACGGUUUACUCAAGGGAAUGCAUCUCGUGUGCAUGAACUCAAACUCGAAUUAGCAACAUUGACACAGCAAACAAGGUCAGUUUCUGCUUAUUUUACCAAACUAAAACCAAUUUGGGAUGAGUUACAGGCACAUGAACCAGCACUUGUCUGCACUUGUGGCUGCACAUGUGGGGCAGCAAAAGAAUAUGCAAAGGCUCGAGAGACGGAGAGAAUCCACCAAUUCCUAAUGGGAUUGAAUGAAAACUUUUCCACAACUCGAUCCCAAAUAUUAAGCAUGGAUCCUUUGCCCUCCCUAAAUAAGGUGUAUGCAAUGGUAACAAAAGAAGAAAAGCAGCAAACAGUGGCAGCAUCCAGAGGUCCAAAUAUAGAAGCCACAGCUCUUGCAGUAAGGGGACCAUCAGGAAGGUCACGAUGUGAUCACUGUAAAAGGCUUGGGCACACUAAAGAAAGAUGCUACGAGAUCAUUGGGUAUCCUGUGAAUUGGAAGCCUGGGAUAGGCAAAACCAAGACAAAGGGUGAGGCACAAAAGACUGGACGAGAGAAAGACCAUGCCUUUGUAGCUAAUGCAGCACAUGAGCCCACAGAGGAGUUAUCAAAUCAGUCUCCAGUUUCUGGGUUGAGCAAAGAGCAGUAUGACCAACUCAUCUUGCUUCUCGGUGGUAAUACCAUCUUUAAUCACUCAGCCAACCACGCUGGUAAGGCACAAAACUCCUCUUUUCAUUGGAUCAUUGACAGUGGGGCUUCAGCUCACAUGACUCCACACCUAUCUGCAUUUACCAAAGCUAAACCUUAUACCUCCCCUGUCCGUAUACCAAAUGGAACCUCUUUGGAGACAUCACAUGUGGGAAAAAUAAUUUUAACCAACGAAAUCACUUUAGACAAUGCCUUAUGCAUCCCAAAAUUCACCUGUAAUCUUUUAUCAAUCAGUGAGAUAACCAAACAACUUGGUUGUGUUGUGAUCUUCUUUCCUAACUUUUGCAUUUUUCAGGACCUUACCUCGAGGAAGCUGAUUGGAGUGGGUAGGCUUCAUGAAGGGAUGUAUUAUUGCAAUUUUGGACAUGUUGCAGCAGCCAGUCAACUAAAACAAAAGCAAAGCACUUCAUAUGAACUUGACAAUGGAAAGGAAUUUACUGAAGGGCUUCUAAAAGAUUUUUGUCUUAAAAAGGGCAUUUUACAGCAAACUUCUUGUGUGAACACACCACAACAAAAUGGUGUCGUUGAGCGUAAGCAUCGUCAUUUGCUUGAGUCUAAAGAAAAUGAGCACCAUCAAGGCAAAUCUACUCCUACUGUCACGGUUCAGCCAUUUGAAGAACAUCCCUUAACCAAUGACAAUUCCCAUGACAAGUCUGAGGAGAGUGCUCACCAGCCUGAAUCCCUGGACCAACAUAAGCCAUUGGAGGAAACUCAAAAUACACAGCCAACAAUUGAUCCACAACCUGCUACAGACUCAGGAAACCCACUUGUGCAAUCUUUGAGGCCACAGCGAGAAAGACGUGCACCGCAGCAUUUAGAUGACUAUGUUUGCAGCAUGUCACAAUCUGCCGAUCCUGAUCCAGUCACACUCCAGUCGGCUAACUCAGAUGAACAGUUUUUCCGACACGGACUUUUUCUCAUUGUUGAAGAAAUGGGAAAAGCAAAGUGGACUCCUCCAACUUUGGAUAUGCUGACAUAUUGGAGUGAGCGCAAAAACAGAGUGGGUAAGCAGUGCAGAAAAACAGAGUGAGGUUGAGAGAAAAUCUCCCUUGUUGAUGUUAGAAAGUUGAGAGAUUUGGAUUAUGAUCCGAAAAUUGUAAUCCAUUUUCAGUAGUGGAUUGUUUUUCAUCUGGGUAAGUGCCCCGUGGUUUUUUCCCAUUUGGGUUUUCUACGUAAAAAUUCUGGUGUCCUCUUUAUUUUACUUUGUUUGCUUAUUCUGUGCUUGGGUGUUUGAUUGUGUUGCUGAUUGGUUUGAUUCUGGGCAUUGGACCAUUAAAACCUCAACAAUAUAUCCAUUUAAGUAAU